CCCACACCGUUCCCUCUCUCUCUCUAUCUCUCUCUCUCGCUCUCUGAGCUUUCUGCAUGUAUAUAAUCCCUGAGUUGACCCAGAAAACAAACUCUUCUUUAGAUCGAGAAGCCGCACAGUUUGAAUCCGCCGCAGGGCUGCAUGUAUCCGGAGCAUCAGCUGAAGAGACGAGCCGGGACUUAACGAACUUCUCCGAACGGAUUUCACUUUACGCCAUCGGGGAAGACUUAAAAACCAUGGCUGAACACAUGACGAUGCCCAUGUCUCAUGGUUUCCGGAUGGGCAUGAACGGACCAGUGCAGCACAACGGCCAGCCGGGCCUGCGGGGGCUGCCCAACGCCCAGGUGUUGCACUAUGGCAGGAAUCCUCAGAAUACCACAGAGGGGGUCAUGAGACAGAGAUCGAACCUUAUGGGACAAGGAGGCAUGGGCGGCCCUGUGAAUGGAGCUCCAAUGACCAAUCAUCCCCAUCAGAUGAUGCAUGGGAACAUGAUGUAUAAUGGCCAGGGCCAGCAGCAUCACCACCACCACCACAUGCACCCCCAGCAGCAGCAGGGCGGACACCCGCCGCAGUAUCUCCCUGGCAACCUCACGUCACAGCAGCUCAUGGCGAGCAUGCACCUACAGAAACUCAACACUCAGUAUCACGGACACCCGCUGGGGUCGGCCAAUGGUCACCACCUGCCCAACGGGGCGCAGUACCGGAUGGGGCCCACCCAGCUGUCAGGCAUGCAGCACAUCGGUGCACCUUUCGGGGUGAACGGAACGGACAUGGACCUAAUUGAUGAGGAAGUUCUGACCUCGCUGGUGUUGGAGUUGGGCUUGGAUCGUGUUCAGGAGCUGCCUGAGCUCUUCCUGGGACAGAACGAGUUUGACUUCCUAUCAGACUUUGUGUGCAAACAGCAGUCGAGCACGGUGAGAUGUUGAGGAGAGGAGUGUGAUUUGUUCCACCUGGACACCCAAAGAGCGACUGAGUGGCCAUAGUAGCACAGCAAAAGCAGACAAUCUCUGUUCUUUUUGGGUGUUUCUAUGUUUAUGUACAUGACAGCGAUGAGUACGCCUUCAAACUGACCUGCCUGCUAAGCGAAUGGAGAAUUGUAAUGAGUGAAAACUAGGGAAAGUGCCAGGUUUCUGUUUCCUUUAGGCAGAAGCCAGGAAGAUUUAUCGCUUUUGGGUAAAUUGAGGCAUCCAGAUGUUGCAGGUUCUGCCUGUAACAUGUCCAGCACAUGUGCCUACAAUACCAAAGCUUUGGUUUAGAUUUUACAAACGCAGUAGGUAUGGAUGACCUGAUUAUUCUGAUUCUGUGGCAUUUGUAAAUGUGUCUUAGCUCUGAUUACACCGUUGACUGGUAGCAAACAACUUACAGUUUAGCACAAGCUAAAAGUCUUCUGGGAUCAUUUAUGCAGGAAUGAAGGGAGUUUGAAAUGUUUUUUAUCUGGAGUUUGAAGGCUGGUUCUUCAAAAAGUAAAAAAAAAAAAAUCUACGCAUUUAAAGUAAAGUGAGUAAGGUGAGGUUUGCUAAAUUUAUAAGUGGUUAUUAUGGAAUUAUGUUGAAUUGAUUGAGUAAUCAUCUGGACUCUGUUUGGAGUAAUGUAGGGGUCGAAUGAUUCUUCAGCCCUGACCUUUCACCCCAGCCAGUCAGAAACUCCCAAAAAUCCCAUUUUUAUUCUGAUCGGUUAAUGCAAUAUGUUUUUGCUGCCAGGCUUAUCUCUGAACACUGUUUCACAUUGGAGUUGUUAAUGACAACAUGUUGAAAAUAUCUGAGUUUCUUUCAGGCUGUAAAACCUCCAACACAUAACAGGAAGGCUGAAUUGAGUAACUUGAGGUUACUGUCUUUUAUUCUUAUAACUUUCAAUAUGGAACGCACUGGAUUUGAAAAUGUUUGUAGCCUUUAGCUUUCUCUGAUACUGCGGUUAUAGUAACGCUAGCCGCUCUGAUAUAGUCAUUCUUUUUAAGCGCUAAAGGUCAUUUCAAAUGUUGACUUGUAAUCAUUUUGUAAAUUAAAAUAGUAAAACACUGUUUUACACUGACUGAACGCUCUCUCAUACACACACACACACACCACACACACACACACAGUGUGACAUCGUCUCUGCCACUCCAACAAAUAAUUUUUAUGGCACUGGAAAGUUUAGAAGGAAAUAUUUAGGAUGAUACUUAUUUGAUAUUUCAUAUCAUUGUUCUUGAAGAGAAAAGGGAAUUGAUUAAAAUGAAUAUUAGCAGAAUAAAACUGAGAUGGGAAAUUGGCUACAAAAAUGUGAUCUGUGCAUCUUCAGAUUAAAGGUGUUUUCACACCUGAUGGAUCUGGUAAACUCGGUUUGAUUGGGGAACGGCAGAAAUUGUUCCAUGCUGAACAUUCACGCUGUGCUGUGUCAAACGAACCAAACACUUUGAAAAAACCUAUUGCCCUCCUCACAUGUGGUGGCGCUGCAUGAAGAACCACUGAAGGAAACAACACAAAAACCUCUGAAGAAGACAUGGCAGCAACUUCCUUCUUCAUGAAGUGUAAACAAUAAUGGAGAAGAGUCAAAUUUUAGUGUGGAGUUUUUAUUUUGGCUACAGAGACCAUGAGUCAUUUAUCCUGCUGGCAUUAGACUAGCAUGUAUAUUUAGGUUGAAUUUACCCAGAAUACUCUGUACUGUGGUCCACUUCCUGCUUUUGUAGGGAUCUCUUACACAUUCAAACUGUAUCAGAGUUCACUUCUACUGAACCUGAACCUAGGUUUAUAAACGGACUAUGGAUUUAUUUUUUGGUCCUAAUCAGAGUUCGAUUAGCAUUCAAAUUUACUUCAAUUAUGGUCUUGAAAUAUCACUGCUACAAGUCAAAUGCAUUUGGCCCAAUACAUAUGUCAAAAUAAAUGUAUAAAAACCAACAAAAACACAAAUUCAUAUCGUAUUUCUAUACAAAUUUGCAAAACAAAAAAAAAAAAACACCUGAUCAUAGACUGUGCGUCUGUAUGUUUUUAGAGCUUAGUUGUUGUUUUCUUCCUGUGUGUGUGUGUGUGUGUGUGUGUCCAUCAGCUCAUUUAAAUCCUAUCGAAGGACGUCCACAUCCACACACCCAUCGCCUGUUCCAUCAGGCAGACCUGAGCGUGUGGACGCAGCGCUCGCUCGCAGCACUUAGCUUAAUCUUUUUUAAAAGCUGCCUCUACCUGUAGAGCCAAUGUGCUGGAGCUCUAGUCAUGUCUUAUACCUUCGCUUUCUCGGCUGCUGUUCCUGCUGAUCGGAGUUAAACUACACGUUUGUCACGCUUGUCUUAAUUGAGCUGGUUGUGGAGGCUCUCUGAUGACCCAGUCAUUGGAAAACCAACACACUCUGUGGUGCUUUUUUUCUUUUUCUUUCUCGACAUGCAAAAGCUUCCCGCUCUUGCAGGAUAAGUGUUAGAGGUCAGCGUGGCGCUGGUCUGCUGCUGUACGGCUGCACUGGUGCCCCCUGUCUAUAGAAAACAAGCCUGCUGGUCAAAAACGGUGAUGACCACCUCACUGUCACAACGAUUCUGGCCUAAACCCAAUGGUAGCCUGUUUACUGUAUUGUAUCUUUGUACUGUAGGCUGGAGGCAAAGCUGAUCUGAACACAUUUAAGGUACUUUGGCAGAAAACUCUAAAUCAGAGGCUGAUAUUUGAUGUGCUGACAAGAGAUUAUACCCUUUGUCUUCUUACAGUGUGUAGAUACAGUAGACUGGAGGAUUAGGGGGCGUGGUCUAAAGCUUUCACAUGGACUGCAUGUCUUACGUGAGGGAUGCUAUCAACUUUCAACCGAGCUACUGAGAAUGUACAGACCGCCGCUUUGUGGGAACCUGUCUAAAGAUGGUAGAUUAACGUGAGAUUGUACUUCCUGUUCCUACCCAGCACCCCUCUCUCCCCCGUUUCUCACCCCUCCCAACCUCGCUGACCUUUUCUAAUGUUAUUGAUUCUAUUUUAAGAAAAUGUAUUUAUUUUCAAAUAAAAUAUUUAUUUAAAAACCA